AUCAUGAAGAGAUCAAACAUUCAAUGCUACGGUUCAGUGUGCUGCAGUGAUACAACCAUCACGAAAAAGAAGGGGGACACAAUGGCACCACAAUGUCCUAUAUUCAUAAUCUGCCUGAUGCUGAUUCCCAGCAAUAUGGGUCUUCGAAUCAUAAAUUAUAAUUCGAAAAAUAAUUUCAAUAUCCAGGGUCGUGUUAUCGAAAGAAUUGCCAGCGUCGAUUGCCCGCGCGAAGAAUCUACGAAUUUGAACAAUUUGGGCGUCAAAGAGUUUGAUGAAUGUUUCAUCAAUAGCGUAUUCAUAAAAAACGUCAACUUAGCUACGAAUCAGUUAAAAAAGAUACCAAUAAAAUUAUUCGAUUGCGUACAGAAUUUGGAAUGUGUAAACGUGGCUUUUAAUCGCAUCCCAGACGAAGAACUGUUCAAAUUCAGUCAUCAGAAUCUGAAAACCUUGAUUCUCGGUUAUCAAGAUAAUCAAAAUAACACGAUGCCUUUCGGAUCUCUGUCGUCGCAGAUGCAAACAGGAUAUUUUCCAAAUCUGGAAGAUUUGCAUCUGGAUGGGCUGGGUUUAUUGAUAUAUAACUUAAAAUACAGAAAUAUGUUUCCCCAGCUUAAAACAUUAUAUAUAACAGACAACAAUAUUACGAUUGUAAAUACUGAUUUUCUGUGGAAUCUUCCGUCGACUUUGACAAACUUACACUUAGAAAGAAACCGUCUUAAAACGGUGAAUCUGCUCGCCGUGAAGAGCCUCGAGUCUUUAUACUUGGACAAUAAUCCGUACCUUAAGACUCUUCGAUUCGGCGACAUAACAACUCUAUCGUUAAGAAGAUGUUUUCUAUCGAGUUCGUUGGUAAAUGAUUUCAUCAACGACGUCCAUCAGUCUUUAAAAGUGUUAGACUUGUCGGAGAAUUACCUGAAAGAAGUGCCCGAAAAUUUAUUCGUUAAUGCAAAACGAUUAGAUAUUUUAAGUCUGAGUAAUAAUUUGAUAACGACAGUGCCAGACAUCAAAGGAUUGUCGUUUUUGACGAAAUUAUCGUUAAGUCAUAACAGCGUGAAUCGCGUGGAGAAUCUGAUAUCGUCGUCGUUAGAGGUUUUGAAUCUCAAUCAUAAUGAAAUUAGCCUCAUAAUCGAAGCGACGUUCUCGGGGCUGCCUUCGUUGAAGGUAUUAGAUCUGUCGGAGAAUCAGUUGGAAAGCUUGCCCUUUGAGUGGGCGUACGGUUUACAUAAACUCGAGAGUCUGAAUCUCGAUUCGAAUAAGUUUGCGACGUUCGCCGAUAUAUCGGUGGCAUCCGUGACAGAUCUGAGGCAUUUGUACGUGGGAAGAAAUUGCUUUGACGAAAUUCGCGAAACCGAGUUGCAACAGGUACCGGAGGAUUGCACGAUCUACGUGUUAUAAAUUACAAUAUUAUAACAUAACAACGCGGGCGUGGACGGCGGUGUUUCCUUAAGGCGAGGGUUAAAAGAUCGCGGAAAUCUAUGACAGUCCGAUUAGUCGACAUCUCCUGCUCCCUCUUGGAAAUUAUAUCAUUUUUGGGGAACGAGGCUUAGGCUUAAGUUACGGUACGCCGACAUGAUCGCAGCGAUUCGAACGAACGACGAUUUUUCUAUUGUUUUAAUUAUUCUUUUGUAUACAAUAAAGAAUUAGCGUUGUGCAUGUAAAA